CGUUAAUGUCUGUAAAUGCUGUUGCAGCUGCCGGAGAUAUCCUUAUCGCUGCCUACCUCUGCGCGUUCUUUGCACUGGUUUCCGGAGGCCUGAUACCGUGCCGGAUAAGCUGAUUCCUCUUACCAUCAGUAAUGGUCUGCUCAUCAGCGUUUGCGUGUCCUUCAUUUACUAUAUUUCAGUAUGGCCCAAUACUUUCAUCUACAUUGCGUUCUAUGUCUGUCUGGGUCGUCGUAAGUAUAAUCAAAAAUAAAUAUUCUAUUCACGAAAUUGGAAUGGUCAUUGCUGGCAACCCUUACAUAAUCGUAAGGGUCUCCGCAGUCAUUUUCGCGACGACCAUACUUAUGCUGCUUUCGCUACAGGGAAUUAAUCAUGUCACUGGCACUCCACAGAGGGCGUGAGCCGUGAUUUUGUUUGUACGAGCGCCUUGCUCGUGUACGAUUUGUGGUUCAUAACAACAUUUUGAUAAAGCUUGAUGUCAUGCGGUAAAUUCGUCAAUCAAUUCACGACGCCAGUCAAAC